AGACACCCGAGAGGCCGAAACCAGUUUUAUGAGAAAAGCCCAAUAUACUGCCGAGUCCAUCCUUCCUUAGCAACCUGAGAGUGGGAUCUUUCCGCAUCAAGCUGCUGGGAACUGAAGCCUGUGACAAAGGAGCAGGAAGAAAGACGAGGAAGAUGACAGUUUUCCACUUUUUCAACUGUGCAAUCCUAACCUUCGGCCCGCACGCUGUAUAUUACUCCGCCACUCCUCUGUCUGAAUAUGAUACUCUUGGUACUUCCGUAAAAGCUGCUGUUGUUUAUCUUUUAACGGCAUUAGUGAAGCUUGUGUGUCUUGCAACAUUUCUUAAUGUUUCCGAAAGUGAUACUUUUGAGCCAUAUCAGGAAUUGUUGAAAGCUCUGAUCGGGUUUAUAGAUGUUGCUGGACUUUAUUUUGCAUUGACACAAUUGACUCACAGGAAUAUUUCUCAGAAUCACAAGUUUCAAGCUGUUGGACUUGGAUGGGCUUUUGCUGAUUCAGUUCUUCAUAGAUUGGCACCCCUCUGGGUUGGUGCUAGAGGGUUGGAGUUCACUUGGGAGUACAUCCUGCAAGGCCUUGAAGCAAAUGCCAAUUUGGUAUUUAACUUAUCACUGGCAGCAUUGGGAUCUCUGAUGUGGCUGCGAAAAAGCAAACCCAAGACAUUGAUUCCUAUUAUAUAUACAUGUGCGGGGAUUGUAGCAACAAUGCCAUCCAUAACAAGCUAUCUGAAGCAGGGGAUGGGGUGGCAACUUCCAAAGGUCGUUGGCUUUGAGUUAUUCACCUCACUGGCCAUUGCUUUUGUCAGCUGGCAGUUAUUUGCUGCUUGCCAGAGGCCUUCCAUCUAAAUGAAGAACUUUGAGGUCAUAUCGUCGAACCAAUCCAAAUCCAUGAUUGCGCCACCUUCUUCUCUGCCGGGUGUUGGGUUCAGCUUUUAUUUUUCUUCUCUCAACAUAUGGAGAAUAUGUUGGCCAGCUGAUUUUUAUUAUUCACUUUUAACAGUUUCCAAUUUUCAAAUUUUCCUGGUAGCUUGUGUGCAAUGAUUUGUGCCUGACAAUGGUCAACUUCUAAUUACUUGUAAAGAAUAUACGCUUUUUUAAAUAGAUCUAUUGUGCUUUUCACAUUCUCCAUUUGCACUCGAUGGCAAUGUAUCAGUGUGAUUUAGAUUA